AUGAAGACCUCCGCGCCGGCCGCGUGCCGCACUUGCCUGACCAGGUUGCGGAAAUUUCAGGUCCGGACCUUGCGUGCCCCCGCACGAGGACGGCAGCGGGCUUCAUGGUGCAGGGCAGCUGAAGGGAGUGGGGCCCCGGAGGACAAGGACAGCGUCCCGGACUCACUGCCGUUCAUGGGAACCGGCGCUGACUGGCGGCAGGCGAGGGCUGCGCUGGUUGCGUCGGAGAAGCAGAAGGAUGGGUCCGCCAGGCCGAUCGCGGAGGGAGGCAUGUGGGCGCACGCCAUUUCCAAGGCGGAGAGGGGCUGCUUGCUCAUCGCCCAUCCCCUGAUGUUCACAGCCAAUCAGACGUACUUCUUCCGAGCAGUGAUCUUGAUGUUCGAACACGACGAAGAGGGCAGCGCUGGAAUCAUCAUCAACAAGCCAACGCGCUUCACGCUGGGCUCGGUGGGAGGUGCGGAGGCCUUCCUCCCUGAGAUGGAGAACAGGCCGCUGAUGCUGGGCGGGGACGUCGGCCGGGAUACGCUGCACUGCGUGCACACGUGCUCCGCCAUCGCGUCGCGCGACGUGGGCGUCCCCGGCCUCUACAUGGGCGGCACGAUGCAGGCCAAGGAGGCGGUGCGCAGUGGCGACGCGCGGCCCGAAGACUUCAAUUUCUUCACAAGGUACGCGGGGUGGGCAGGCGGCCAGCUCGACGAGGAGGUCCAGGCCGGGGUGUGGUUCGUUGCGGCAGCGAGCAAGGAGGUUUGCAUGAUGGGCGAACACGAGACCGGGGCAGCAAUGUGGCACAAGGUGCUGGAGCUGAUGGGGGGGGAGUACGCAGAGUUGUCCGCUGCAGUGGCACAGGAUUACGACAAGGACAUCAUGGAGGGCGACAGCGAAGGCAACUGA